AUUUAUCCAUCACUGUGACGUCAGCUCUGGUCUCGCGGCCGUCUCCCCUCACCAUGACAACGACUGAUUUUUAGCAUCGUCAGAGGACCAGCCGUUAGCUCCGUUUUCUCUUAUUUACACGAACAAUCUAGUAAAAUAUCGUGUUUUAGAGCAGCAUUACGGGGAUAUAUUUCAUGUAGGAAAGGCGCCAUCUCUGCUGCGUGGACCCUCAUGCGUCGGUAGACCAGCCGGAGAGGCAGAGGGAGACGCCGUUUAACACUGCGCGAACAACAUGGCUCUUCCUCAGCAUCCCCGACUGCUGCUGCUCGCCUGCGCUGUGCUGCUGAGCGCGGUCCGACCCACCGACUCUCGGUCCUCACCAAUAUCGGACCUGAAAUCCAAAAUAUACGGGGUGGAGGAGCUCUUGGAGGAAUUUCGCAAGCAGCUCCAGCAGGACCAGGCGUACAAGGUAGGCGAGGUGACUGACCCGUGUGUGGGCGACUUCAACGCCGUCGGGGAGCGCAUCAUCCGGGCCAAGGCCUCCAUCGAGCAGGGGGCCACCUUCCUGUUGGCCCCGGACACGGUGUACACCUGGAAGGACUGCCUGCACGCCUGCUGCUCCCAGCCUCAGUGCACCGUGGCAGUGGUGCAGGAGGACCCGAGGCAGCCCGGGGAGAGCCUCAGCUGCUACCUAUUCAACUGCACCUAUAGGAAUAAAAAUGUCUGCUCCUUCUCACCGCAGCAAGGCUUCACUACAUACAGCCGGACUGUGAACACGACGCAGGGACCCCUCCCCGGUUCAUCCAGCGGGGCGGCCCGGAGGCCCGGGGAAGGACGUCCGGAUGAGGACGAUACACCAGAGGUCGAUGAGCCUCCUCGCAGUGACGCUGGACAGGAUGUGGUGAUCCAGCUGCCCACAGACUGGGCUGUCCUGGAUGGACGGGACAGUGUGGACGACCACGGGAUCAACCAGUAUGAAUGGACUCUUGUCAGGGGGGACACAGCCAUUAAUAUGAAGGCGACUCAUCCGGAGCUGCUGAAGAUCAGCGGCCUGCAGGAGGGUGUUUACACCUUCCAGAUGACUGUCACUGACACAGCAGGCCAGAAGAGCUCCGACAACGUUUCCGUCACCGUGCUGGCACCAAAACACCAAGCAGAAGUGUGUACCGGUCACUGCUCAAACUACCAGUUCAAGUGUGAUGACGGUUGCUGUAUUGACAUCACCUACGCCUGUGAUGGGAAGCAACACUGUCCAGACCGCUCAGAUGAAGACUUCUGCCCAAACUUUGACAGCAGCAGGAAAUCAGUGACUCAUCCUGCUGAUCUGUCAAGCCCUCAUCGGCCUGUAGCCCAGACAGAAGAGGCCGGGGAUGGCUCCAUGCUCCAGACUGCAGCCAGAAAGACCAUAGAGAACAUGAUGCCUCCUCAGGACAGGAGCAAGGCCACUCCUCCGCAAAGUCCCAGUCAACAGGAGGCACCGGCCAGUCAAGAUCCAUGUGCUGCAGCUCCAGUUGUAGGACCCUGUAAAGGCACCUUCCCACGAUGGUACUAUGACCGAAAUGCAGGAGAAUGCAAACACUUCCUGUAUGGCGGCUGCCAGGGCAACCAUAACAACUUCCUCCAGGAAUCUGACUGUGUCAGUGAAUGUAUACAAAAAAGUCCAGCUUUCAAACCAGCAACUGUGGCUCCUCCAAUCACCAAACAGACUGAGAUAGCUGCCCCUAAAGUCUCCCAGAGUCAAGCAGAGAGUGAUGUCCCCAUCUCCAAACCAUUUCCAGUAAAGGGAGGACAUCCAGUGCCAGAGUCAGGUGCAAUCCUUCCUCUGGCUCUUGGCCUGAUCAUCACUGCCCUGCUGCUGCUCAUGAUCGGUUGUCGUCUCAGACUUGUUCGUCACAAGCUGAAGAAAGCCCGACCCCUCACCACAGAGGAGUCAGAUUACCUCAUCAACGGCAUGUACCUGUAGCCAAUCAACUGGGGGCAGCAAAUGCAAGAGCACCAGAUCUGAGAAAGAAAAACACGGGUGAUAUGUUGUCACCAGAGCCUGAGCCAGGACUUUUGGGAUUUUCACUUUGUAUUCCUUGCAGCCCGGUAUCGCUAAUUUGUCCUCACUUCAGGUUGGAAACACCCCAACUGUCUGCUGUCAUGAACGUUUCUGAACAUGCCCACACUGAACCCCUCUGAUUGGUAAAUCUGCUGCUGAUAGAUGCUGGCUUUUAAGCCAAUGACACAUAUUCAGAUUGCUUGUGAAUUCAUAUUUAUGUUGUCUUAACAAAAUCUGAUUGUGAAUCCAUGAUGAAAGAGUCAACAUUCCUAUUUCAAUACUGAUAUACAGCUGUCUAUAUUACCCCUGUGACUUCUGGGAUACGGUACAAGAGACUCUUUUGUCCCCUUCUCCUUUUAUUCCUGAAACACUGGUUACUUUGAUUUGAAACUUAUUUUCACUUGCGAUGGUAUUUCUUAACUAGUGCAGCACAUAAAUAUGCUCUAUUUCUGCCACUGGGUGACACCAAUGUGCUAUGUUUGUGCUGUUCAUUUUACCUAAAUUAACUUGCCUGAAGGGCAGAAAUGCAACACAUUGGAGUUCCUAAUAUAGUGCACUAUUUUGACCGAUUAGGAAUUAACAACUUAUUCCUGAAGUUUCUCGGAUCAUAUAAAGCCAUAGCAAAUUGUAUUGUUCAAACUAUGUUCCUAUCUAAAGUUUGUUGCACACGUUUCUUUACUAAGCAGACUUCUGUGGAGUAUGUGCUAUAUUUGCGCAGAUGUAUUUCCUCAAAGUGCUGUCUUUAAUGUGAUAUAUUAAAGUUUAUUAUAUCAAAAA